UGCCGCUCGUCGGGACGCUGGCCUUUCUGGGCGCGCGCGGCCGCGACGACUUGUUCGCCGUGCUGCUGGCGCUGCCGCAGCGUUUCGGCAGCCGUGUCGUGGGCUUCUUCGCCGGCAGCACGUACAACGUGUACGUGGAAGGGCUGGAGGAGACACGGCGCGCUAUGGCGCAGCCGGAGGCCAACGGGCGCGCCGCCGGCUCCUCCCAGAUGGCGCUCUCCUUCGGCCGCAAGCGCGGCGUGGUGGUGGCCGAGGGCGAGCGCUGGGCGAGGAACUCUGGCUUCCUGCUGGCGGCGCUGGACCACAUGCUGGAAAGCGGCGAGGCUGAGCGCAUGAUCUGUGACGAGCUGGAGGCUCUGGAGGAGCGGCUGCGUGACCUACCUGGCCCGCUGGACGUGCAGACGCUCUUCCGCAGGCCGUACGUCAGCCUCAGCUGGCGCAUCGUCACUGGCCAGCGCUUCCUGGCCGGCCAGGCCGAGCGCAUCACCGCGCUCUUCCAGGCCGAGAUGGCCGCCUUCCAGAACAGCUGGGUCGACAACCGGCUGCUGCGCGCUCUCUUCCCCGAGCGGAGCGGCUUUGCGGACGUGCUGCGCUUCCGCGACGAGGUGCGCCGCCUGUUCGCGGCGGCGGUGACGUCCGGUGGAGAAGGCCGCGAGGGCACGCUCGUCAGCCGACUUCGCGCCGAGCGCGGCGCCGACUGGGACCCGGCCACCGACGAGGACCUCGUCAUGUUCUUCUUCGACUUCCUGAACGCCGGCUGCGAGACGACCAGCUCGUUCAACGAGUGGGCGCUGCUGUACCUGCUGCGCGAGCCCGAGCAGCAGGCGCUGGUGCGUCGCGAGCUGAAAGCGCUCGGCCGGCCGGCCACGGCCGCCGACCGCGAACGUCUACCGCGUACGCGCGCCUUCCUAGCCGAGGUGUUCCGACGCUCGUCGCUGACGCCGGCCGGCGUGCCGCACCGCGCCACGGGCGCGUUCAGCGUGGAGGGCUAUCGCGUGCCGGCCGACACCGUGCUGCGCUACGGCAUCUUGGCCAGCCACUGGAGCGACGCGCUCUGGCAAGAGCCGGAGCGCUUCCGGCCGGAGCGCUUCCUGCGCGACGGCGCUUUCGUGCCGAACGCCGACCUGGUGCCGUACGGCAUUGGACCGCGAGUUUGCACCGGCCGCCGGCUGGCCGAGCUCUACAACUUCCUGAGCGUGACGCGCCUGCUGCAGCGGUUCGAGCUGGCGCCGCCCGACGGUGCGCCGCCGCCCGGCGAGGACGCCUGGAUGGGGCUGUCGCGCAACUGCCGUCCGUUCCAGCUGGAGCUGCGGCCGCGCUGAGUGGGCCGCCGGACAACGCGAUCGCCGGCCCUCCACUGCACUGCAGCGGCCGGGGGCCGUACGAACGACAAUCGUCUCGACCGGGAGCCGCACGGACAGCAAUCGUCCCGACCGGGAGCCGCACGGACAGCAAUCGUCUCGACCGGGGGCCGCACGGGCGGCAAUUGUCUCGACCGGGAGCCGCACGGACAGCAAUCGUCUCGACCGGGGGCCGCACGGACGGCAAUCGUCGCGACCGCGAGCCGCACGGACGGCAGUCGUCUCGACCGGGGGCCGCGCGGACAGCAGUCGUCUCGACCGGGGGCUGCACGGACAGCGAUCGCCUCGACCGGAGGCCACACGAACGGCGAUCGCCUCGACCCUCGACCAGGAGCCGCACAUCGUGUCUGGGAUCGCACUGGCCGGAGCGAGGCGGAGCAGGCUGGGACUGCAAAGGGCCGGUGUUACACUGCUCUGGCUAGAGUGACCGGGACCUACAGUGACCAGACUUGCAGAGACCGGAUCUGCAGUGACCCGGACCGCAGUGAUAGGGUGUGCCACGCACUUCAACACCGUACACAUCCAAUUUUUACGUUACUGUCAUCAGUGACGAUAUUCUUCCCCUCCAGGUCUCCAGUUUCAAACUCAGGAUAGUUGCUGAAAACAUGAAGUUACAAGGGAAAAUGUGGCUGUCUAACAACCGGAAAACCACAUUGCAACACGAUCAGUAGCUGGCUGUGCAUACGGCUUUUGCCGCAUUUGUCGGAUUUUUGCCGUUGCUUUCCUUUAAUUUUUUUAAAAAUAUUAUUUUCGCCCAUGUGCAUGAUGGUCUGUGGCAAUGGCAAAACGUUUCCGUUGUUGUUGCCCCUGUGAGAUGGGGGGGGGGGGGGAUUGUUCGCCACUGCUUGGCUCUUCACUGAAUAUAAUAUACAUGGUACGGUUACCACUAGCUAGUUGUCAAAGUCAAGCACGCUGCUUAUGGAUAGCUGACCUGGCGCGUAACCGGUUUCUGGGUAACACUCGAUAUGUUUGGUUUCGCAAAAUUGUAUCGAACAUCCCAGAAAGAACGUUACUCCCCAGGCUCCCCGUUGGCUAAAUGGGCCAUAAGGCGAUAUCUUCCGUGCCGCGUAAGUGAAUUCUUGGUAUUUUCAGCCCUUCCGUUGACUAGAUCGCGUUCGCACUAGGCUCCACUCAAACACUAAUAAAUUUUCGGAAGGUAAGCAACGGGAUCAUGCAUCCACGUCAGUGUAAAAGCAAACACAUUCUAAA